AAAAAUAAAAAGACAACUUAGGAUUAAAAUGUUCAAGUGAAUGAAAAAACUCUUCAAUUAAUGAGGUAAUCAAGAGAAUUAAAGAUCAAAGACUCAGUUGUCCAGUCCCAGGGGAAUUAAGCCGUGUUAACGCAAUCUGGAACUAGAAACAAUCUUAACAGUGUAAAUUAUUUACAACAUGGAUACCCAACAAAGGAAUUAUUAUCGAAAUCUACGAAGAAUAGAACUCUAUAAAGAAAAUUUGGACUAUAAACCGAAAAGAAAUUAUGGAAAACCAAAGCGCAAAACCAUAAUGGAUCAACAAAAAGAAUCGCUUCAAGGCAGCCAAUCGUUGUCAAGGAAAGACAAAAGUCCAUCCAACUCUAAAACCACAUCCCAGAAUUCCCAUCAUAGUCCCGUCCGGCAACAGCCAAACAGCGUUGACAGUAACGAUUAUAGACCGAAAGGCGAACACAACUCGCGAAUGACUCAAAAUCAAAAUGACGACCAAUCAAAAGGCAGAAGUAGGAUACCAAGAGCUAAUCGUCCAUCAACAGAAACUCAAAAUGGCGGAAAUGGUAACCAUGGAAACUAUGAAGGGAGACAAUCUGGAUAUUAUAAUGGAUAUUAUGAAGAAAGUGAAGAUAGCUAUGACUUUUCUUCUUCCUCGCCAAAAGCAAAAGACAUUCUUAAAAGAGAGAAAAUAGAAACAGAACUUCGAAAUAACCGUGUCACAGAAACCAAGAUUAAAAAAAUAGCAGCGAGAAUUUCACAGUCGUACAACACUGAUGAAGAAAAUUACACGAUUCGAGAGAACGGACUUGAGCGCCAUCUACGAAGAAUUGUCUCCAACAGCCUUGACCCCAUGUUAUAUAGGUCAAAAGGUUAUACCAAUCUGAACCCUUACAGUGGGGAUGUUGAAGAUCUUGUCAAAAAGGUCACUAGCAUGAUCAAACAGUUGCAAGGAGAUUUAGAAGCCUGCUACAGCAGUAUCUUGACGACGCAUUCCCAAGUGGAUGAGGGAUCCAGUCGUAUCCGAUCCAUACCUCAGAUAAUACAGCAGGAAGUACAGGAGCUACAGACGGACUACGACGUCCUGUAUGAUAAAUUCAAGGGAUUGAGUAAAGACCUGACUGUCAGCGUAGACAAGGAGAAGGAGACGUCACACAAAGCUGCCAACAUCACUCAACAAAAUUCAAACCUCGAUAAAGAGAUCAAACGCAUUAAAGCUGAAUGGACCACCAUGGCAGAAGACUACACAAAGGUCAAGGCCAAUGAGAAGGAAUUGAAAGAAAGGCUGAAAGAAACUGAAGAAGAAAGGGAGAAGUUUGAGAAGAAAUUUAUUCGGGUCAAAGAGGUCAACAACGUCCUAACUGACGAAUGCAACAAACUUACAGACGAAAACAUCCGUCUGAAUCAGGAAACCGACAAUUUGGACAGGGAAAUCAAACGCUUGGCUGAGCCGGACAAAAAAAUGACACACAAGAUACAAAGACUAGAACAUGAGCUUGUGGAGUUAAAAACAGCCAAUCGAAGAUUAGAGAAUGAGAAGGGGUUAAUACGCGGAAAUUUACUCAAGCUGGAAUCCAACUACGACUUGGUGCAGAGGGAUAAAAAAGCACUGACCAAGGAAAGGAAUAAAUUCUGGAAGGAAAAUCAGGAAUUGAGAACUCAGAAUCGAAAACUUACACUUUCUCACUAAUCUGGCGCCAAAUCUUGGAACUUAAAAGACUGAGUUGUCGAAAUUGUUGAAGUGAUAGAGCUUAAUUUGAGCUUUAUGUAACAUUUUUCAGAAUGACAUUCUGAAACUCUGUUCUUUUACAAUUAAAUAAGAAAAUAUUAGAUAAGAGUCUGGAUGUCUUAGACAAGUAAUCAUAAAGGUCUAUAAAAUGAAGCUAUUAUCCCUUUCAGAAGUUAAAGCAUUUUUUAAUUAGAUUGCAGAUGAACCUGAUUUUUAAUCUGAAAAUUGAUAAGGAAGCUGUAAAUUAAGCCCCGGAUUCCUUCGCUUUUUUCACUGCACAUUUGUUUUUCAAGAGACGUAUUUUAUUUUGAAUUUCUUUGUCCAAAUUUAGUUCAAAUUUAAUUUAUUGUAAAAAUCUAACUGUGAUAUCAAAAUAAUAUUUCAAAUGUCGAAUU